AUGGGUAAGUGGUUCAAAGGUGUUUCUUACAAUGAACUUCUCACAGCUACUAAUAGAUUUAAUAGUUCUACCAAUUUUCUUGGUGUGGGAAAUUUUGGUUCUGUGUAUAAGGGAAUCCUUCCAGAAGAUGGUUCAAAAUCUAUUGCAGUAAAGGUUCUAUAUCUUCAGAAAAAAGGUGCAAUCAACAGUUUUGUAGCUGAAUGUAAUGCUCUCUGGAAAGUUAGACAUAAAAAUUUACUCAAGAUCGUUACUUGUUGCUCGAGUGUUGAUUUUCAUGGUACUGAAUUCAAAGCUCUCGAUUUUGAAUACAUGUCUAAUGGGAGUCUAGAAAAAUGGUUGCACCCAUCUGAAGAUGACACACGUGAUGAUGAUCAGUUGCAUGUGAAAAAUAUGAACCUGGAAAGACGAUUGAACGUUGCAAUUGAUGUUGUUUCUGCAUUAAAUUAUCUACACCAUGAUUGUGAAUCACCUAUUGUUCAUUGUGAUUUAAAGCUUAGCAAUGUCCUUCUUGAUGAUGAUUUGAUUGCCCAUUUGGGUAAUUUUGGCUUGGCUAAGUUCCUUAAUCAUGACCGCAGUAUUUCUCGACAGCUUAAUGAACAUGAUGGAAGUUCAACUGCAAUUAACGGGUCCAUAGGUUAUGUUUCUCCCGAAUACAGAUUAGGUGGGGAAGUUUCGACACAAGGUGAUGUAUAUAGUUACGGAAUCCUAUUGUUAGAAAUGUUUACAGGAAACAGACCAACUAAUGACAUGUUUAAAGAUGGUGUAUAUAUUCAUAACUUCUCUAAGAUGCAUGCAAUGCCAGAGCGAGUACUCAAUAUUGUUGAUUUACGAAUGCUAGAUGGUGAAAAUCAUGAUGAUAAUGAAACAAAAAAUUAUCAUACACCACGAGGCGAAAGAAGAAAUAGAGCAAGACAUACUACGAGAGAAAUUUUAGCUUCUAUUAUUCAGAUUGGAGUUAUAUAUUCCUCAGAGUUACCUUCAGAUCGAAUCAACAUGAAUGAGGUCAUUGUGGAUGUGCAGGCGGUAAAGAAUCGAUUUCUUGGGAUCGGAAUGUAA